AUGAAUAAUCCGAUUCAAUCUACUGAGCUUCCAAAGCAAACAGUUCAACAGGUUAUGAGCCAAUUAAAUUCCGGCCUCAUGGUCAUUGAUACUCUUCUUCUCAGAGGCCGUGAGAACUUUCUGGAAUGGAAAGACUGGAUGACUGGUAUGUUCAGUAGCUGCGUCUUGGCUACAGAGAUUGCUGCUUAUCUUUCAGAAAAAGAACUUUCCAUCACCUUUACGGACCAGCAGGCGUUGAGCCACAAGCUCCGUGAGCUUAUCCUCAAGUGUAUGAAGCCUGACGUUCAGUCAUUGUUCACGCACUACUCUCUGGGUGUCGAAACUUGGAAAGCUGUCGAAACCAAGUAUGCGAUCGCCAGCUCUAGGGAUGCGGUCGGCUAUCUCAAGUACUUAUUUGGUCGUCUUGCUGAUCCGACCAUUACGACUGAAGCUGGGUUCUUGAUUGCUGAAAAGUUGACUGCGUUUAUGACGAAGUACGAUAACGACUCCAUGAAAGCGCUCCUCUUCCUUUAUGGUACGGGAAACUCCAAGGAUUUGCAGCCAUUCUGA